AGCAGCUCCGGCGGCGGCCCGGCGGCGGGCCUGGCGCCCUCGGGACACCGCCGCACGGCCUCGGCCACCGCCCUCGGGGACCUGGCGCUGGAGGCGACCGUCAGCAGCAUCUCGCGGCAGGCGUCCCACGCCAGCGAGCAGGCCGUGACUCUCAGGCUCGAGGGUAGCCCCCCCGACGAGGCGGCCCGCUACGUCGUCGAGGUGGAGUUCGAGGGCCCUGGCGCCUGCAGGCGGCGCCUCCUGCACAAGCCGUCGGCGUCGGAGUUGCGGCCCACGGAGGCAUGCUGGUCCAUGGACAUCGCCGAUGCCCAGCUGCGACCAGGCAUCCACCUGUUCUGCUUCAUGGUCAACGGCGUGCGGGUCCUCUCCGCCGACCACCCCGUCAUCGGGGAGUUCAACGCGCUGCUGGUGUCGGAGCCCAUGCGGAAGUACGUCUCCAGCAGGGACGGCGACCCGGGCGCGGGCACCAGCCUCAUGGGCCGCCAGUCCUUCGCGGGGGACCUGGCUGGCCCGCUCCAGCCAAAGGGCGAGAACCCGCAGAGCGGCAUCUCCGUGGGCGACGGCGCGCUCGACAGGCCGAAGGGACAGCCGAUGACGAGGGCGUGGAGCAUCUGCUGCAACCUCGGCAGCCUGGGCGACGACGACGACGCCGAUCCGAUGGAGCCAGCCCACAACAACGCGCCGAACUUCGGCAAGGAGGUUUUCGAGGGCAUCUUCGAUGCCGAGCUGCGCCUGCGCAUGGACGGCUACGUCCUCCCAGAGGUGGUCUGGCACCCCCGUCGUGCGCAUUGCGUGCAAGUUCUGUCUGCUACUGGUUACGGCUCCGUGCUACGCUGUCGGCCUGUGGAUAAUUGUUUUGGGGUCCUGCUACUUGUUCUAUCUGC